AUGAUGAAGACACUCCUGAUCUCCUGCCUCCUCUUGGCCCUGCUUCCUCCAGGUGAGCAGAACCACAGCCACUGGGCUGUUCGUCAUGUUUCCAGGAAGGAACGAAGUGGGGGGGGGUUGUUGCCAAUAUUCAAUUUUUAUUUAACCAAAUGCGUACAGAGAGGUGUGGCAUCCCCAAGUACAUUGGGGGAACAAGAAAGGCAGUAGUUCACUCUUCGAUAAAUCAGAAUCCUGGCUCAUAUUUAAAGCAAAGAGUAAGUUUCUUGCAUUUGUAGAAAUUUAUGAUAGGAGACAAUGUAUAGGCACAAUUCUUCUCAUAUUUUGGAGGGGAACUACCCGGCCCCCCCAUGCAAACCUUAUGUUUCCUGAUGUUACACACCACCCGAAUCUCUGAGUGGAGUCAGAUGCCAGGGGUACCAGAUGUGCUUACCAGAGUCUGUCAUGUUUGCUGGUGCUGAUGGGACUUGUAGUACAACAACUUAAGGAGGGUUAAAGGUUUCCCCACACCUUCUCUACUGGUCCUCUCCCUCAGCCUGCAGGAGCCAUCUUGGACUGUCAUUCUCUGGUACAUGCAAGACCCACCCCUAUUCACAGAGUUUAAGAACUACAGGGGGAAUAUAUAUAGAAAGCAUUAUGUAGCUGAACAAUGGUCCAUCUAGUCUAACCUCUUGUUCUUGCCGUGGGUCCUAUGGGAAGCCCGUAAGAAAGAUCUGAGUGCAACAGCUCCCUUUCUGCGGUUUCCAGUAACUAGUAUUCAGACAAAUAGUGCCUCCAAUGUUGCAGAAAAAAUAUAUCAAUUGAGGAUGGUAACCAUGUAUUUAUCUAGUCCGCUUUUGAAGCUAUCCAAGUCAAUGGCCUUUGCUACCUCUUGUAAGAUGACGUUUGGAGCAGAAAGUGUUCUGUUCAUGUACCUUGACACAGACCUAUUCCUCCUACACAGUUACUAAAGUUUUCUAAACCCAUUUUCCCCCUGUCUGCAGUGGCAUCUCUGAUAUGUGAGUCUUGUUUCGAUCAAGGAAAAGAUUGCAGAAAUGCCACCACUGAGGAGUGUGACGAUUCCAGUGACCAGUCCUGCUUGUCUGCCAGUGGAGUAGGCAAACUGUGUAAGUGAGAAGAACUUUCAUCCUCUUUGAUCACCAAAACGUAAACCCCCUGACUCACUUUCUAAGGCCAUAUCUUAGCCACAAGCCACGGAACAUGACUUUUGAUAAAGUAGUGUUCUAGGUUCUGCAUUGCCUGUAGGAGCAGGGAAGAAAUUCAAGUCACUUCAUAUUUAAAGGUACAUUUACUCAAUUGGCAGAGCAAAACAAAGCCAUCCUUCAGAAUCUGCCCUUCUCCCAUUUUUGCAAUUCAGUUGUCCAGCCAUGUAAUCAAUAGACAAAUGCACACACUAGGGUAAAGUGUGCAUACAAUAACGUACAACAGCUUUUGUAGUUGGAGUCAGUCUGUCAGGUUCCCAUCUCCCAGGCCAAGUGAAAAAUGACCUGCAAGGGAGAGAGCUAGUUUGCCAGGAUUCACAGCCAUUAUAGUCAACAAACAUCCUGCCCCCCCCCAGGGGGAAAUCAUGACUACUUAAAUCAGUAUGACCCUGCAGAUAGGGCCUAAGAGUAAAAAUUACAUUCACACUAAAUGUUGAUGGGGGGUGGGGGGAGUUGGCAACUGAUAUGAAAAUGUGGAGAAAUGAACUUAAAAUAAGAAACCAAGAGAAACUGACACUGACAUAAUAAUAAUAAUAAUAAUAAUAAUAAUAAUAAUAAUAAUUUAUUAUUUGUACACCGCCCAUCUGGCUGGGUUUCCCCAGCCAUUCUGGGCGGCUUCCAUAGAAAGCAAAAAUACACUAAAAUAUCACACGUUAAAAACUUCCCUGAACAUGGCUGACAUAUUGACCCUUCCUAAUUGCCUGUGGUACAUGCUCCCUUUAUGAGCUCCAGCAUCGACUCUCAUUGCUCCAGUUACAGGGUGGAUUUGAUUUCAAUCACGAUUUAAAUUACAAGUCAGUAAGACUUGAUUUAAUUUAUUUAUUUUUACAGAAAGACUCAUUCUUGCUGGUAUAAUCUUAAUAUUUACAACGAGAUGAAGGUUUCCUUUUUCGAAUAAUAAAUUUUCAGAGUAGUUUUUACAGUUAUAUCAAAAAUUACUGAUUUGGUUAUACUAUUAGAAAUACAUUGACAGAUAAUUAUGAAAUUUUUGUGAGGUUUAAUAAAUUAACUGUUUAUAUUUGGACAAUUUUUCUGCUGUACUUUAUUGGAAGGAAAAAGUAAUCAUUUAAUUAAUAACAAUUUAAACAAUUUAUUUAACUAAAACAAUAACAUUAUAGCAUAUGUAUCCAUGUUUGUUAACUGAUGUGGUUAAAUGUUUUUUUUUAAGAAAUACAUUGGAGGGAGUUAUAGCACACAUGAAAAACUUAAAACAAAUGCUUAUUUCCUGAUGAGGAUAGCCUUUGGACAAUAAUGUAACUUAAAUAGAAAACUAUCUUUAGAAAGAUUUUUCCACCAAAAGCAUUUUUUUUAAAAAAAAAUACAAUUUAAAUUUUAAAAGUCCAAUUUAAAUUUUAAAAAUUCUGAUUUAAAUUUUAAAAUCUGAUUAUUUUGAUUUUUUAAAAAAUAAUAAUUGGUUUUAAUCCACUCUGUCAUCCACCUUGGCGGCCACAAAACUUAUUUCAUUGAUGAAUUCCUUCCCAUGAAACCUCCUGAACUGGUCCCAUUCGAUAAGGGUGGUAGAAACCUCUGGACAGCCAAAGGUUCUCCAUUCCUGACUCACACUCAACAAAUAAAUAAAUAAAACUGGAGAAAUCUCUUUCUGCUCCAAGCAGGCCCUGCUCAAGACAAUUGGAUACCUGAGGCAAACCAUAAAAUGUUCCCCACCCUGCAGACCCGGAAGAAAGGGUGACUGAAGAUUAGGCCUGGGCGAUUUAUUGAUAUAUCGCCCCAGGACCGGUAUGAGGGGCAGACCGUGAUGGCAGCUUCACUCAGCAGUAAAUCGGUGGGGGAAACCAUGCCGAUCCUGAGUCCCUCUGCCUCCAGCACGCUGAGGAAAAACAAAACAAGCUGCAGCCUGGAGCUGGAGGCAGAGGGACUCAGGAGGGGUGGCAGUUUCAUGAAAGAUAUAUCGCUGAGUGAAAUCACCAUCAUGGUCUGUCCUUCAUACCGGCAGUGGGAGAAACAAGCUGCAUGACGAGGCUUAUAAAGGUUAUUCCUCCCUCCCUCCUUAAACUGCUUGAGUUAAGAGCACACUGCUGCCCUCGCCACAGCCAAGCAAUUUUGCGGAAACCCCAAAUGAGCUAGUAGUAGGGCGGGGGCUCAGUUAAAGUGCUCCCCCUCCCCAGCUGCAAGAGCCUGGGUGGAGUGCAGGCUCCGGGCGGAGACAGCCUUGGCUGCCACCUGGCUGCCUUUUUCAGCACAGGAGGAAAGACGGAGCCCACUCUGCCAGUCGAAGGCAGCCAGGCAGUGCAGGCAGCCCUGCAAGGCACAGGUAGGGUGGCUUUGCAGCCUGCGCUUUGUGAAUGACCACCCCACAAGGAAAGAGGCAGUGUGCCUGCAUGGGCACCAGCGAGGUGGAGGGAGCCUCAGAAAGGAGCUCCGAGGUGGUAUUUGAUGCGGGUGGCGCUGUGGGUUAAACCACAGAGCCCAGGACUUGCCAAUCAGAAUGUCAGUGGUUCGAAUCCCCGCGACGGGGUGAGCUCCCGUUGCUCGGUCCCUUCUCCUGCCAACCUGGCAGUUCGAAAGCACGUCAAAGUGCAAGUAGAUAAAUAGGUACCGCUCUGGCAUUAAGGUAAACUGCGUUUCCGUGCGCUACUCUAGUUCGCCAGAAGUGGCUUAGUCUGGCUGGCACAUGACCCGGAAGCUGUACGCCGCCUCCCUUGGCCAAUAAAGCGAGAUGAGCGUUUCAAUCCCAGAGUUGGUCACGACAGGACCUAAUGGUCAGGGGUCCCUUUACCUUUUAAACUUGCGAUGGGGGAAAUCUGAAACUAGCGAGACGAACUGUUUGAAAAGGACUGGAGUAAAUUUGUACCAUAUAUGAAUAGGCAUUGCAAACAUUUUAAAACAUUUGCAGGAUUGAUUUAAAAUAUUUUGUUAGGUUAUGAUUUGAUACCUGUUUAUAAAUAUUAGAAGUAAAUCUUUUAAGUAUGGAGAUAAAGUAAAUAGGGUGAUUUAGAAAUGCGAAAUAAAAGUGAUUGCAUAUGGAAGUCAGGGAGGGGGAUGGGAGGAAGUGAAUGCUCAACUUGAGCAAACAUAUAUGUGAUGUAGAAAUUUUAUUUGGUUGUUAUAAAGGAUAAAAGAAAUCUUAAUAAACAUUAUAUUAAAAAAGAAAAAAGAAGGAGCUCCAAGGUCCCUGUCACGAACAACAGGGACAUGGGUGGCUCAAAUGGGGGAGAGGAACUGACGAGGAGGUGGCAGAUCUUGCCUCCAAGGAUCACACCACAGCUUCAAAGGCAGCAGCAUCAGGCGAUGCUUUUCUUGGUGGUCAGAUCCCCUGCCCCUCUGGAUCCUGCCACAUAAGGUGAUCAUCAAUCCUUGCCUCAUGGGUGGACCAACCCUAUCUCCAGGUCUAGUUGUUUCCUAUUCCAAUUCUUUCUUUUAUAGCACUUUUGGGGCCAAGAGUGGUUCUCAAGUCCUGCAUCGAUAGAGAGUUGUGUGAGGAAACCUUUGCCAGUGUCUCCAUAAGCUCAGCACUGUACCUCCAGAGCAAGGCAACCUGCUGCAAUACAGAUAUGUGCAACAGCGGACUUCCUGAAAGUAAGUAUCAUCAUCAGGUCCCGUAAAACUCAAUUAAUGAGAGAUGUCAAAGAAAGACAAACAAGUUUUUGGCAGUGUCCUGAUGUCAGGGACUGGCUAGACAAGGAGGAAUGGUGGCAGCCAGUCACUCCAGGAGGUGCCUGAGGGUGACACUAGGAAAGAUGAUUUAUUUGAGCUUUAUUUGGGGGGUUGAAAGUCAUUCAUUAUUACCGUUAGAGACUUCUGACAGGAGCUUCACAAGAUCAUUUUUGAUAGCGUGCAAACCCACUCAUCACAACAAGGUGAUGAUCCAGCGAGUGAGAAGGCAGUAUGAUACCUCUGGAUUGGCCAGGCCUUCUACAAACAUCCGCAACAUGGGCUCCUGUCUUCGCCAACAGAACAGUGCUUUCUAAGAGGAUAUUUGUAUUAUUAAACAACAUAGCAUUGUAAAAGAAAGACUGCAGAUAGAACAAAACCAAAAACCAUGUAUCAAUAACAAGAUUACUUGAACAGCAUGCAGCAUUCAUGAGCAAAUAUUACAAGGAAGCUUCACAGUUCUACCUUAGUCCUAGAAACAUUCCUCACAUGAUGUUACUCACAGUCCCUCUCCUGCAGCAGCUUCUGAUAUUUACAACCCUAUUCCUUCCUCCAAAGAGCCCUCAUGCUCUCCAUUUUAGCCUCAAACACCCGUGGAAAAUAAGUCAGGCUCGGGGGCAGUGUCUGGCCCCAGGUCACACAGCAAGUAUCGUGGCUCAAGUACAGAUUUGACCUCUGGUCUCCUCCCACCCUUGUUCCUGAUGUAGAUGUUCACAUCCCCUUGUUCCUGAUGUAGAUCUUCACUCACCCCUCCUUCCUUGGUGGGAGGAGGCACCAUUUUGUGGUUCACCUUAGCAUUCCCAAUACUCUAAUGUAAGCUUUUAUUGUAAACACUAUAACAACACUAGGACAAAGAAUUCUGGGAGUGGUAGUUUCUUAAGGGUGCUGAGGGUUAAUUGGAAAACCCAUAUUCCCCUCACAGAGCUAUGGAUUAGCAAACAAACCCCACACAAUAGCUCUUAUUAGCUGGCAUUUUCUCUUAGGUGAUAUCAUGAUUUUACCCAAACUAAGCACCUGUUUUCCCAAAAGUGAUUUUUAAGGAUAAAACUACUAAGAGCUUUCUUUCUCUUUACCACUCUAAGGAAGAGGGCCAUUUUGUAGAAUUUUAUCAUCAUUUGUGUCCAUUCGUGGCUACCAUUUUAUCUCUCAGAAUGCCCCCCAGUGGUGCUCAGUGCUAAGCCCAAUUGCUUAAAGUGGUAUCCCUUUGCUUGAAAUGUUUGCUGUGAAUGUGGCCCCAGUCAGAAAUCUCUUGCACCAUGCCUUAAUGUAGCCCUGGAUGAAUGGAGCAUGGCUGAAGCACUCUGCUUGGAGAAGUGUUGGAAGGUGGUACGGAUCCAUCUUGGAAGGGGAAGCACAAUUCCCACCCCUCACGUACAGCAAGUUGUGGUUUGCAUCUGCAAAAGAAAUACAUUGACUAAUUGCAAUGUUGGUGUGGUGUGGUGAUUGUUUUCCAGUGCCUGAGACCGAGACAAGGGAGCCCAAUGGGCUGAAGUGCCCGAGUUGCAUCAACAUCUUUUCAGAUGAGUGUGAGAGCAAUAAGACGGUCAGCUGCAGAAAUGAUGAGGAUUAUUGCUUCUACCUUGCGGCUAACAUGGAUUUCGGUGAGUCUUGUAUGAUGGAGUGCAGCUACGGCCCCAUCUGUAAGCAUAGAUUUUGUUAAAUAAAACUACAUCUUAAAAUUUGCACUUUAAAUUGGGGGGAGGGGUAGGAUGGAGACCCACAGGCCCAGGGGCCAAACGCAUUCCUCUAGGACUCUCUCUCUCUGGCCCUUUGGAUCCACCUUAGCCACACCUCCUCCCCCUAGGCCACACCCCUCACAAGCCCCACUUCAUACCCUACCUGUAUGCUUUGGCCUGGCUGGAUUGUUGCCCUUGAAUCUUGGUUACCUGGAGGGAGAACAGAGAGGGGGGUUUGAAUAUAUCUAGAAAAUAGCCUGCCGUGUAAAGGUGAAUUUUACAUAUGUUUCCAAUGGCAUGUGGACCUCCCAGAAGGUCACCCAGACUGGAAAAAGGCUCUUGGUCUGAGAAAGGUUGCCUACCCUUCUGUUUCAGGAAGUGGGUUUUGGAUUCCAAAAAUAUAUGUGUGUGUUUUUCCCAACAGGGGAAAGCAGCAUCCUGGGCGCUGUCCGAGGCUGUGCAACAGCUAGUGCGUGUAACUACAUUGAUGGGUUGCUAGACACUGAUAUUGGAUCACUGGGAUUUGACAUCAUUCAAGCAGAGUGCACUGGAGCAAUGGGCGAGGAUGCCACAGAAGACACCACCAUUUAUGACGGCCUAGUGGUUGAAGAAGGGGAGGUCUCAGCCUGA